AUGACUGAAAUCGACACUCAAGCAGAACUGGAUUUGUUAGGAGAAGGCCCUGCAGCGACUGACGGUGAUCACCUUGACGAGCAUGCUCUCCUAGACCAAACACCACCUCCUGGCGAUGACCAUAAUGGAGUAAGCCAUGUCAAGUCUGAGGAGAUGAAAAAUGAGGAAGUUGACCUUUAUGAUGAUGCUAUAGCACCAUCAUCUGGUGAGAAAUCUGUGGCUCCAACACCAGUACGCACCCACAGCACUCAACAGAAUGGAUCGUCUUCACAUUCACAUCCGGAUGGAAAACGUUACUGCUGCUACAUUGGUAACUUGGUUUGGUGGGCAACGGAUGCCGAUGUUGCGCAACACGUCAAACAAAUUGGAAUAACGGAUUUGAUUGAUAUGAAGUUUUUUGAGAACAGAACAAAUGGGCAGAGUAAAGGAUUUGCAUUGCUUGUUUUUGCGAGUGAUUCAUCUGUACGAACUGUCACUGAGCAAAUGCCACAACGCCAAAUUCACGGGCAAUCACCUGUCAUUCUUCCAUAUACUAAAGCAUCUUUGAAUCGAUUGGAUGAGGCUACUUCUAAAAUGCAGAGUCGACCGGAUCCGAAACAAGCUAAGAAGGCUGAUACUGCUAUUUUCAAGGAAGAGACAUGUAUGAAUAUGGGAACGAUACGCAUUGGAGCCACAGCGGCUGUGCCUGCUGGACCACCACCAAUGUUGGGACCACGUAUGGGACCCGGUCCUGGUGGCCCUCCCAUGAAUAUGGGUGGUGGCGGUGCUCCCAUGGGCGCUGCUGGAACAGGACCUAUGGGGCCCGGAAACAUGAUGAAUCGAGGCCCAGUUAUGAUGGGACAACCAGUAAAUCAGAUGGGAGUUGCUGGCCAGAUGACAUCAGGUCCACCUCGUCCAAUGAUGGGAGGUAACAUGCCGAUGCACAUGGGCACUGCACCUCCUAUGAUGCAACCAGGAAUGCAAGUGCAUCCGAAUCGACCUCCUCCCGGUGUCCAGUUUGGUGGUGGUCAGCAACCGGUUAUUGGAAUGGGACAGCAGCAGAUGGUCCAGCAAGGUGCUCCCGGUAUGCGUACAAUGGCUGCUCCUACAUCAGGCCCACAUCAGCAGCUAAUGGCUCCUCAUGGUGCUCAUAUUAAUCCUCAAAUGUUCCCCGGUGUUCAGCAACAACCUCCAGUGCCAGGAGCUAUGAACGAUGUUGAAUUCGAAGAAAUAAUGAACAGAAACAGGACUGUCGCUUCCUCUGCGAUUUCUCGAGCGGUCGCAGACGCCGCAGGAGGUGACGUGAAGUCAGCAACGGAAACUAUUUUAACGGCGAUCUCUCUUAUAAAGCAAAGUCGUGUGGCGCAGGACGAUCGUUGUCGUGUUCUCGUUGCAAGCCUACAGGAUACGCUGAAUGGAAUUGAAACCAAAGCGUAUUCGGGUGGUGGAGGAAGCAGUCGUAGCAAGCAUCGCGAUAGAUCACGUAGCCGCUCCCGCGAUCGCGAUCGCAAGCGACGACGCCGUAGCCGUUCAAGGAGCCGG